AACAAAACUUGAAACACAUUAGACCCAUUUGACAGAUCUACAUUUGGUUACCGCGAGAUACAUGCAACGUUAGGCCGUUAGUGCCAGUAUGUUCAUGGUAAGGUCGAUAUGACGUCACAACACCUUCUCCUCUGAUACCUUUCCAAAGCGAAAAUGUUAAUGUUACACGUAAUAAGAUACCGUAACUUACUUAGUUAGUCGCGAAAAUUCGCUUAAUAAUUAUAACAACGAGAAACUGGUUAGAAGCCGCAAAACAUAAUAAACAUGAUAAGAGCAGUGCUCAUUGACCUAAGUGGUACUUUGCACAUCGAAAGCCAGGCGAUUCCUGGUGCAGUAGAAGCGUUGAAAAGGUUAAUUCAAACAAACUUAACUAUUAAAUUUGUAACCAAUACAACUAAAGAAAGUCAAAAUUUUCUAUACAAUAGACUCACAACAUUGGGAUUUCCUGUUAAAAAAGAACAAAUAUAUAGUUCGUUAGCUGCCGCCAGAACACUUAUUGUUAAUCGUCAGCUGAAGCCCUUAUUACUUUUAUCACCUGAAGCACUAGAAGAUUUCGAAGGAUUAUCAUGUCCAACAAAUGAAAAACCGAAUGCCGUUGUUAUUGGUUUAGCCCCAAAUGAAUUCCACUAUGACAGACUAAAUGAAGCAUUUAGGCAUUUAUUAAAUGGGGCAGAGUUAAUAGCUAUUCAUGCUGGAAAGUACUAUAAACGUAAAGAUGGAUUAGCAUUAGGUCCUGGAUGUUUUGUUAAAGGUUUAGAAUAUUCGGCGCAGUGCACAGCCACAGUUGUAGGGAAACCCCAAAAAAUGUUUUUUCAUUCUGCUUUGGGUGACAUUCAACCAGGAGAAGCUAUCAUGAUUGGCGAUGAUGUAAAAGAUGAUGUUGAAGGGGCAAUGAAGGCUGGCAUUAGAGGAUAUUUAGUUCAAACGGGGAAAUAUCAGUUAGGCGAUGAAAACAAAAUAACUCCUCCACCAGAUGCAGUUGUAUCAAGUUUUGUAGAAGCUGUUGAAAAAAUUCUCAAAGAAAUACAAAAGUAAUAAUUAACAGAAAUAUAUAUUUAAAAAUUGUAAAUAGAAAUAUAUAAAAUUGUUAAUACAAGUAAAAAUAUAAAAAAUAAAAUUUUCAUUUUCUUGCGUCA